AUGUGGAACUGGCUAAAAAUGUCAUUUACAGGUGCGCUGGAAGUGCUGAUAGAGAUGAAAAACCAAGAUGUGAAAUUCAACAAAGAAACCUAUGUCCUUGCUUUUGCAAUUUGCUACAAACUGAAUAGCCCUGAAUCUUUGAAAAUCUGUACUACAUUAAGAGAAGAAGCCCUAAUCAAAGGAGAAGUCCUCUCCAGGAGAGCAUCCUGUUUUGCUGUGGCACUAGCUCUGAAUCAGAACCAGGUGGCGAAAGCUAUAUCAAUUUUUUCUCAAAUCAUGAAGCCAGAAAGCAUUAUCUGCACUAAUUUAAAUAUUUUGAUUCAUAUCCAGUCAAAUAUGUUGAAAACCCUGAUAAAGAUAUUAAAGGAUGCUGCAGACGGAAAUUUAUCAAAAUUUGUGAAAAGACAGGAGUUCUCAGAAGAAGUGCUGGCCAAAGCAAGGAAAAAAGUGAAGGAUGUACCCGCCCUUCUGGCCAAAUUUGAUGAGAUCUAUGGGAAACUCCACAUUAAUGGCCAGGUCACCACUUGCACUUUGGAUACUCUGCUCUGCCACACCCCUGGGGACAGAAAAUCCCACAUGGUACUAUUAAGUAAGAGGACAGUCAGCCAUCGGACCUUCCAGCCUCUCAACCAGUCUCUGUGGGCUGAAUAACCCUAUGUUCAAGUCACUCAUGGGUCUGAGCUGGAAGGGGCCUCCCAGUGAGUUAAUGGCUUCCUAAGAAAUCAGGCAUUGUACUCCAUUGGAUGCCAUGUUAACAAACACUUGGUCUCCUUAAAUUUCUGCGUUGAUUUCGAACUGUCAUGCUGAUCUGAGAAGUUAAUGUUGUGCCACCAUGAAGAUCUAAAUCGAGUCCAGCAGAAAGCUCCACUCCCUCAGAAAGGACACUU